AUGGCUGACAUUACAUACCCAGCCGGAUGCCGUCCGAUUAACGAAGACCUCGGGCAGGAUGAGCUAAUCCGUCGACUCAAAACACUUACCCACACGCUGCAGGCGAUGGGCCAGGACGAGGACGGCAUGUACACGCAGUACAUUCCACUGGCUGUGCACCUAGCGGAUGACUUCUUUUUGCAGCAUCCUUCACGCGACGUGCAGCUUCUCAUUGCCUGUUGUAUUGCAGACGUGUUACGUGUGUAUGCACCGGAAGCACCUUACAAGGAUCAGGAUCAGAUCAAAGGCAUUUUUAUGUUUCUGAUCCGCCAACUAAAUGGAUUGCGCGAUCCAAAGGACCCAGCAUUCAAACGCUAUUUUUAUCUACUGGAAAACUUGGCCUACGUCAAGUCGUUCAAUAUGUGCUUCGAGCUCGAGGACUGCCAGGAGGUGUUCUGCACGUUGUUUAGCCUAAUGUUUAAAAUUGUCAAUGACGAGCACAGCUCUAAGGUUAAAUCCUUUAUGCUUGAUGUCCUUGCACCGCUUAUCACGGAGUCGGACUCAGUUUCAUACGAUCUGCUCGAUUUAGUAUACAUCAACAUCGUAGAACCGUUCCGAACACAGAAGCGCAACGCUUACGAGCUUGCCAAAGAGCUUAUCAUAAAAACGGCCCACUGGCUAGAGGCAUAUACGCAGGCAUUCUUUAAUCAGAUAUUGAUUUUGGAUAAGAACGAAAAGCAGUACCAGAUAAUGCCGAAGAUCUACGACGUGAUCUAUGAGCUGAACGUAAUCACACCGACCAUUCUGCUGUCCGUGUUGCCGCAGCUUGAGUGCAAGUUAAAAUCGACCCAGGAAGCUGAACGGUUGAAGGCCGUAUCAACGCUGGCACGGAUGUUUUCUGAGCCUGGUUCUACACUGGCUCGGCAGUACGGGCCGCUGUGGAAGCAGUUCCUAGGCCGGUUCUACGAUAUUGCGGUACCAAUCCGGAUCAAGUGCGUUCAGAGUACGAUGCACUUCUUGAUCAACCAUCCGAGCUUACGUAAAGAUGUUAUAGACACUCUGCGCAUUCGACAGCACGACUCGGACGAAACUGUUCGCUACGAGGUUGUGAUGGCCAUUGUGGAGACAGCAAAGCGUGAUCUUCAAAUCGUAUCUGAGUCGGAGGAUUUGCUGGAGUUUGUGAAGGAACGUACCCUAGAUAAAAAGUACAAGAUACGCAAGGAGGCGAUGAAUGGGUUGGCUAUGAUCUACAAGAAGUACCUUAGCGACACAAACGUGCCAGCGACGACUAAGAAGUCGGUCAAUUGGAUCAAAGACAAGAUCCUACACGGGUAUUACAUGACCGGAGUCGAGGAUCGUUUAUUGGUUGAACGACUGUUGAUCACCUGUCUCGUGCCGUAUCAGCUUCCAGCGUUGGAUCGAAUGAAGAAACUUUAUCAGUUGCUUGGAACGAUCGAUGACAACGCCACAAAGGCUUUCAUUGAGUUGCAGAAAAAUCAAUUGAAAGUACGACGCAGCGUAGCCGACUGGAUUAAGCUGCACCGACUGAAGGACUUAUCUGCGGCAGUUCAGAAAGAGAUGAAUGUCAAAUGCACGAACAUUGCUAAGCAACUGCCUGAUCCCAUAAAAGCACAAGAAUUUCUGGUUAAAUUUUCCGCGCAGAUGCGCAAAGAUCCAAAAUUGAUCGUCGAAAUGGAGACCAUAUUGAAGCGCGAUGUUUCGUGUAAGGAGUGUGCCGACACCAUGGCAAUAGUACUGAAGAAGCUUGGUCAACCAAUUAUGACCAAUACGUACUACAACACGGUUAAGAUGUUGCUCGAACGAAUCGCAUCGGUGAUGGUGGACAAGGAAUCAAUUGGCGUGCUGAUCGAGUUGAUACAGGAGUGUAUGAAUGGUGUCAAGGAGGUGAUUGAAGAAGUUAGUCUGCCUGCGGACUCGGCAGGCGAACGAGGCCUCAAGUUGUUAACCGUGCUGGCGUACGUAUUUUCGGCGCAUUUCCAACAUGAUGAAAUUUUGCGGCACAUGAUCGGUUUGCUCUCAUUCGGCGAAUCAUACGUCGCUCCGUACGUUUUAAAGGCGUUCACAUACCUUGGGCGUUACAAAGCACUGAUCGAGUCUCAUCCGGCCAUCCUGAAAGAGUUAGCGCCGCUGUGCAAAGAAUUUGCAAUUGUUGGCACACCGAAACAAGCUAAACAUGCGAUUCGGUGCAUGUUUGUUAAUACGCAGACGGGUAGCGCCGGUAGUGGCAAUGAUUUACAAGGAUCCGGAACUGAUCUCACUAGUAUCGAUAUAUUUCCGGAGAUUGUCGAGGGGUUGAAGCAAACACUUCACCCACAGAGCGAGCAUUACCGCACUGCGAUCGUUACACUCGGGCACAUUGCGUACAAUUUACCCGAAAAGUUCCACGUGCAGAUAAAGAACAUCAUCUCUCGCAAGAUUGUAAAGGAACUGUUAGUGAAGGAGACUGCCGACGGGCGUACGAACGUACCGUCGAAGGAAUGGUGCGAUGAGCAAGAGCUGCCAGAAGAAACUCGCUGUAAGGUUGAAGGACUCAAAACUAUGGCUCGCUGGUUGUUGGGACUCAAGAAAGACGUCGUGUCUGCACAAAAAACUUUCCGCAUGUUGAACGCAUUCAUAAGUAAGAAGGGAGAUUUGCUUGAGCAAGGUGGGGCUCUUUCCGCAGCUGAAAAGUCUUGGUUGCGUCUCAGCGCUGGUAAAGCUAUGCUGAAAAUCUGCGAACAGAAAGGCGUCGGGGAUCAGUUCAUUGCAGAACAGUUUUACAAUCUUUCACAGCUUAUGACUGAUCCAGUUCCGGAAGUGCGUGAUACGUUCGUUAAGAAGUUACACAAAGGUCUCAACAAGGGUAUUCCGCACAAGUGCCUUCCGCUUGACUUUAUGGGCUACUAUGCGCUCGGCGGAAGAGAAACCGAUCAAAGCUUGUUAAGUCAAAUCAAGUCCAAUAUCGAAACCGAUGUCAACAGGCGUCGAGAAUACGUUAAAACCUUUGCUACAGGUAAGAUUGUUGCUUAUACCAUGAGCCAAUUGCCGCACAUUCUACCAGAUUACAUGCUCGUGUUCGCCGUUACGGUUUUGACGCAUGAUCCACAAUUUACGCGACCGUCAGAUCCAGUUCAGCUGCGUCAGAUCGAACGGUGCCUCUGGCUCGUCUUGGAACCACUCGUGACAAACAAGGAGUUUUUCUGCUGUGGUUUUUACAAGAACUUGAUAGAACGCAUGAAACACCACAAGGAUGCUCUCAAACCGGACGACGAAGAAACCAAUCAUAAAUUAUGGGCUAUUUGUGAUAUUGCGAUGGGACUCAUACUCACUCGACUAAACUUUUACGAUAUGCGCGAGUUUCCGGUCGAGGCACGCAUUCCCUCGAUGUACUUCCAAUCGCAGCCGGAAGAUUUUAACAACAUACGCUAUUACAUUCCCGACGAUAUGUACACUUUAACAGAUAGAGCAGGUCGCACUGCUGUCGCUAGCAGCUCGAAGAGUGUAGCAACUGGAGCCAAAACCAAACCAUCCUCUUCAUCCUCUACAGUAGUAACAGUUGCGGUUGCUUCCAGCUCGUCGGCAUCAUCAUCGGAUCGGAACAAAAUUAAAACGAAAACAGUUCGUCCACCAACACCCGACGAUAGUGACCAUAAUGGUGAGGACGAGGAGGACGCAGGUCCACCUCCAUCGAAACGAGCACAUAAAGGAGUCGACAGCGACAGCACAUAAGAGCAAUGCAUAAGCAACUUCAGCCGAUGUUGGUGUGUUGUUGUUGAGGAAGAAGAUGGAGAAUUAAUGUUUAAGUUAUUUAUGUACAAUACUGGAUAGCGCGGUUUGACAAAGAUAUAAGACGGAGUAAUCGUUACUUCCGGCUCAAGCACUAAGUUGCCAAACUCAGGCUGGCAAGCAAGAAAAAAAAUGUAUGGAUAAAUCUGAAUAUCUUGAAAGUUUCUUUAAUAAAAAUGAUACA